AUUUGAUCCAAGCCAUCACCCAGCCUCCAGUCACAUGGGGAGCCAGGGGAGCUUUUUUUAAGGUUCUCUGUUACGCUUUCUGCUUGUGUUUUAAUGGUUCAGCUGAGAGGUGGCUCCAUGAAAAUAACAGUUUGGCCUCGGGUGCAAGGUUUGUUGAAGCACUCGAGGGGAGUGCUGCUUACCUGUUAGCUUAGUCACUUCUGCUGUGUGUUGGAUUCUGACUUCAAGUCUUUCAGUAUCUGGAAAAUACUGAGUGACCCAUGUGCCAGGAUGCUUUGGGGAGUGGGAAGCCAGAUUAGGGUGUUGUGUACAACCAGAUAAGUAAGCAAAUAAGAACACCAAAACACGAUUCAGUGAAGUUUGUAACCCACAAGCUCCAGUUUUUCAGAGGAAUCGCAGUGUGUUCCACUUCUAAGUGCGGAGUCUCUCUGUCCCUGUGUAAUGGGGGCUUGAAAGGAGCCGUCGCAUUCUGAACAUAGCUCUUGUUGUAGAGCUGCUUGGAUCUGGAGUUCUGCCCGUGUAACUGAGUUUUCCCAGGGUGCUGCGUGAAUGCUGAGCUGUGUUGUAAUGAAUUCCGAGUGGGCAUCGGCAUGAGCCUGCUCUCCUUUUCCCUGGAAGACGCUGCUGCAUUGUCUUGUCUGUUCCUGAAAGCCCCAGUGUUGUCUGUCAAAGGCCUGAUUCUGCAAGUGCCACGUAUGCAGAGGAGCUCCUGAAUGGGAAGGGCUUGUGCUGGGCUCAGCUCUCACACAAUGCCCGAGGCAAUGCGCUACAGCGCAGUGCUUUGUGUCCGACUGCUGGCAUCCCGUGGGCACCGCCGUCCCACUGUCAGAUGUUGGAGUUGUGUGUUAGGUUCUGUUAACGCCGCGGAGCUGCUUUUUGCUGGGCGUUUGGAUAGGUCUGGUUUUCUGUACCGUGAGUGGGGGGAAUGGGCAAAGGCUGGCAGAAGGGAGAGGUGCAGGUUGGGAGCUGCCUGUGUCUCUUAAAGCAGUCUUACGGCUCAGAGCCACUGUGUAUAGUGUGAGUGUGCUCUCCUCUUUCUCUUGUCCUCCAGGCGUGGGGGAUAAAUGAUAAAAGUUUGUUUGCACAAAUGCUUAGCUAGCAUGUUGGCACGAGCUUCUGAUGGGGGUGUUUCUGUAGUGCAGUUGGCAGAUCAAAACCCAGUGCUGGCAGCAUUGGGUGCGAUGGAAAGCAUGGAGUGUGGGGAGCUGAGAGCUGUUGCUGCGUAGCGAGAUGGACGAGGCUGGGGACUGGCUGUGGCAGGUCGGCUCCGUCCCACGAGGAGACCUGGGGGCUGCUUUGGAGGAAGAGUGAUUGCUGCUGCUUGCAGGGCUCCUGGGGCGUUGGUACAAGGGUGUGCCUUGUGCAAGCAGACAGGAAGGAGUCGUGGACCCAGGCGCACGUUAUCGUGCUGCUUCUAGGAAAUGAUGUAAGGUCAUAUUGAACAUGGACAGUGAGGAAAUUCCGACCUUCUCAAGUCCAAAGGAGGAAACUGCCUAUUGGAAAGAGCUUUCCUUGAAGUACAAACAAAGCUUCCAGGAAGCUCGUGAAGAACUGGCUGAAUUUCAGGAGGGAAGCAGGGAACUAGAAGCUGAGUUGGAAGCGCAGCUAGUGCAGGCUGAGCAGAGGAAUAGAGAUUUACAAGCAGAUAACCAAAGGCUGAAAUAUGAAGUGGAAACAUUGAAGGAGAAACUGGAGCACCAGUAUGCACAGAGCUACAAGCAGGUGUCGUUGUUAGAGGAUGACCUGAGCCAGACCCGGGCCAUUAAAGAUCAGCUUCAUAAGUAUGUCAGGGAGCUGGAGCAGGCCAACGAUGACUUGGAGCGUGCCAAGAGGGCAACAAUAGUUUCAUUGGAAGACUUUGAGCAAAGGCUGAACCAGGCGAUAGAGAGAAACGCGUUUCUAGAAAGUGAACUGGAUGACAAGGAGUCACUGCUAGUUUCUGUACAGAGAUUAAAGGAUGAAGCCAGAGACCUGCGGCAGGAGCUGGCGGUACGGGAAAGGCAGCAGGAAGUUACCCGCAAGUCUGCGCCCAGCUCUCCAACUCUGGACUGUGAGAAGAUGGAUUCAGCUGUCCAGGCAUCUCUCUCCUUGCCAGCUACGCCUGUUGGAAAAGGAUCUGAAAAUAGUUUUCCUUCCCCCAAAGCUAUACCAAAUGGAUUUGGUACAAGCCCUCUUACUCCUUCAGCUAGAAUAUCUGCACUCAACAUCGUGGGGGAUCUCUUACGGAAAGUUGGGGCCUUAGAAUCCAAGUUAGCUGCUUGCAGGAAUUUUGCAAAGGACCAGGCAUCACGGAAAUCCUACAUUUCAGGGACCGCUAACAGCAGCGCGAUGAGCAGCAACGGCACCAAGUUCCCUCAUGCAGGGCAUACUUCUUUCUUUGACAAAGGCCCCUGUUCUCUCUUCCCUGCCCCAAACUGUCGCUGGAGCCUGAAACAGCCACCCGCGCUCCUAGACCCGGUCCAGUCUGCAGCCGCUGCCUUAUGAACGGCCAGUUGUUGGGUGGUGGGAUUGUGCCAGAGGGCAGUAAACGGCUUUGAUCAAGGGACCCCGGGACUGGGAGCCUCCAGACCUUCCUCAGCACCUGGCAUGCUCCCCCUGAGCGUAUGAGUCGGCGCCAGGCUGUGCUUGGACUCGCGGACGCUUUUCUCGGCCCAACAAGAGAAGUGCUUUGGUUUCCUCCCCCUCCCUGCCCUGCAGGAACAGGACCUGCACCAUGGCUUGCAGCAGUGCCCGUGCUGCUGGAGGAGAGCCCAUGCUUGCAGCCUUUCGUGUCCUGUUAAUAGAGUUAACUGUAGUGGGUGUGCCCUGCGGCCCGUACCACGUGUUGCACAAGCUGACACAUAGUGCUCUGUUGCAGGGGAUGCAGAACCUCAGCCAGGUGCUGCUCGACCUGUCACUGCAUCUCUUUUCUCAGUUAGGUUUGGUGUGACAAAAACAUUUGCCGCUUUUCUUGAAGGCUACGCCUCUCCCUGCCUGAUCUCACAUCCUGCUGUUUGAGCCAACCAGCUGCUGUCCUUCCCCAUGGGGCUCAAACCUCUCCAGACACACUGAGCGAGGCUGGGAGCAGGAGUGGAGGCUGGCAGUGAGCUCUGGGAGUGUGAGUGAAUGCAGCGUAGAAAUCACUGCUGGACAGGUGAGCAGCUGGCUGUGUCCAUAAGGCCCUUCCCCAGCCCAGCAGAUGGAGGUAGAGCUGGUGCUGGUGUGGGGCUUUGCUGAGGAAGGCCCAGCACACAUCAUUUAGCACCAGUGCCCUUAGCAGCUCUGGGCUGAGCUUGGCUGGAGCCUCCUCCCGUGGCACAGGGCCUGCAGCGAGCUUUUUCCCAUGUGCCUGAACCAUCCCAGCACUCUGCCCUCCUUUGCGGCACUUCUGCUCCCCCAGCCAGACAUCAGCUCUUUAGGAAGCCGCUCAGCCCAUGGACUGCAGUGCCCACGAACUGCCUCCUCCCAGCACCCUGUAUCCUUCGGCCCCAUGUUCAGCUCUGUAAUAUAGGACGGGAUUUCAGUGUCACCUGCAGGCUUCUGUGACAGUUUUGGGCGACUGUGUUCCUUGUGGGUCUUUCAGGCGAUGUAUUUGUGCGAGUUCUCUGUCGCUGUGCCUCAGAGUCGGUGGAUUUUGAUGUGAACCAACGAACCCCAGGGGGGUCUGAGGAAAAAAACAAACCUUCCCAGUUUGGUCCAUCGUGUUCCUUGGCUCUGCAGCUGUAAUUGGUUUAUUUACGAGCGCUGAGAGAAACCAUCGGCCCCAGCAUAACAGAGGUGGGAGCGUUUCCCCCUUUGCCCUUAGGGCCCCUAUGGUCCUCUUUUCCUGUGCAUCCUCUGCUGCAUUUGACUGUUUACAUUUGUUUUAUUGUACAUAGGUUUGUAAACAUAUUAUCUUUGCCUAAGAUCUUUGUACAUAACUUAACUUGGGCUUUGUAGCUUUAUUUAUUCAAAGUCUAUAUGGCAUGUUUCAGUAGGACAGUGUACCAUAACACCGUGGGCACACAGCAUAAUGUGGUUUAAAGACAAAACAAAAAAAAAACAACCAAAACCUGAGAGUAAUAUUCCCAAAAUAAAGUUCUUUUAAUGUGGAA